CAUGCUGUCCCAGCUAGCAAUAUUAUCCAUCGGGUUUGCCAGUGUUCUUGGUUGCCGCACGGGAACCGAAGUUCAAGUGAACAAAGAUUGGUGGAAGACUACUGUCUUCUAUCAAAUCUACCCUAGAAGCUUCAAGGACAGUAAUGGAGAUGGCGUUGGAGACUUGAAUGGCAUCACAAGUAAACUCGAUCACAUGGUAGACGCAGGUAUCGGCGUGUUUUGGAUUUCUCCAAUUUACCCGAGCCCAAUGGCCGACUUUGGUUACGACACAUCGGACUUCGUGAAUAUCGAUCCAGAGUUCGGGACCUUGGACGACUUUGACAAUCUUGUUGCAAAGGCGAAGGAGCUUAACCUCAAGGUGAUUCUUGACUUUGUGCCAAAUCACAGCUCCGAUCAGCACGAGUGGUUCCAGAAAAGCAUUCGCCGCGAAGAUCCUUAUACGAACUAUUACGUUUGGCGUGAUGCAAAAUGCGAAAGCGGAACCAACAUUUGUCAGCCUCCGAAUAAUUGGAUCAGUGUCUUUCAAGGCUCCGCAUGGGAAUGGAACGAUGAGCGAGGUCAGUACUACCUUCACCAGUUUGUAAAGGGCCAGCCCGAUCUCAACUACAGAGAUGAGUCUUUGAGGAAAGAAAUGGAAAAUGUCCUCACCUUUUGGUUAAAAAGAGGCGUCGAUGGAUUUCGCAUAAAUGCUGUGCCUUACCUGAUAGAGGACGCUGAGUUCAAAGAUGAACCUUUGUCUAAUAACCCGAACGUCCCACAAGGUUAUUACGACUCCCUUAAUCAUAUCUACAGCAUGCAUCAGCCUGGGACCUACGAUAUUAUCCAGUCUUGGAGAGACCUUCUUGAUAAAUAUGCCACGGAAAUGAAAUCUGACACGAAAGUCAUUAUGACUGAAGGUUACGGACCCAUAGAUUUCGUAAUGAAUUAUUAUACUCAUGGUUCUAAUGUUCCAUUCAAUUUCUUCUUCAUUACGGAUGCCAGAAGCGGUUCAACCGCUGAAGAACUGAAGAGCAUAAUUGACAACUGGAUGAACAAUAUGCCUGACAACUACGUAGCCAACUGGGUGAUAGGCAACCACGAUCAGCGUAGGGUCGCGUCCAGGUACGGCACCAAUCGCGAGGACCAAAUGUCAAUUCUGUGUCUAAUUCUUCCUGGGAUUGCUGUAACUUAUAACGGAGACGAAAUUGGCAUGGUAGAUACCGAAAUAUCCUGGGCCGACACAGUGGAUCCUGCGGCUUGCAACACCGAUCCAGAACACUACGAGCAGUACACUCGGGAUCCAGCGAGGACACCGUAUCAAUGGGACAGCACGACGAGUGCCGGGUUCUCCACCAACCCGACAACCUGGCUUCCGGUGAAUCGCAACUACAUAAGCCUCAAUCUUGCUGCACAGAAGGCAGUGAGGCACUCGCACUACCACGUGUAUCAGGCCAUGACGGCUCUCAGGAAGUUGCCCAUAUUCAAGCAAGGGUCCUUGAGCGUGGAAGUCCUCGCUGGUAACGUCCUUGCCAUUACACGAUCGGUCACGGGGGCCACUCCGAUCGUAGUUCUCGUCAAUUGUAGUGAAUCCAGCGUGAGCAUUAACCUCAAAAACAGCAUCGCGGUUCUAGAUCAGAUGACCGUUUACACGUCCAGCGUUUCCUCCGGCAUCACCCCGGGCAGAAUCGUUACUACUUCGAGCGUACAACUUCCGGCUGCUGCUACAAUAGUACUGACCUCUCCAAGGCUAUAUCAACUCGUCUACGGAGCUUAGUAAUGUAAUUAUUGUAUGUAUUUCAAUAACCUCUCGUAUUCUAAAGCAAACAUUAAAUAUCUCUGUAUAUAGAAUUCAAUUAUCCACCCUAGAUAAAAAUAUCUCAGCUGAGAAUAUGGAGUCUGAAGAUUAGCUCAGACUUACUCGGGAUUUUUUUCUCACCAUUUUCAUGUUGUUCAAUCAAUCUUAGUUUAACAAGUAAUUGUAUCACAUGAUUUUGAAUACCUUCAACUAUUGAGUUGCUCGAUAAUGGCGUCAGUAAUAAGUAAGAUUUUAAAUAAAACCGUAACAGUGUGCGUUUG